AAAGUUUGUUUGUUCGCGGAAUGCGGUGCGUGAUGAAAACGUGCGAGUUACCUAGUUCAGCAAUAAUCAAAUGAAUCAGAUUUGGGAUAUUCGAUACAUACCGUGGACUUUCUGCACGCUGACAGUGCCGCUCGGCACAAAUCUAAUUCACUCGACUAUUUUUUUCUGGUAUAGCCUUGAGAAAAGGACGACAAGGUAGACGCGUUUUCUCAUUAUACAAGAUCUGAAUAUCAACGACUGUAUCCUCAUGCCAAUCCGACAGAAGGAUAUGCUGCGGCGAGACGCGUGAAGUUGCCGAGAAGUGGCAGUUUCGGGAGAGGAAAUGGAUGUUUCAUUCUGAUUACCUGGUCAAACGUGUUUUAUUGAACUCUUUCGGUUGUGAUUGCCGUUUUGAUCCGUAGACUAGAUUCUCUCCACAUGGACUCAAAAACUGGCAUUCCAGUAGUAAAGAUAAGCUUUACGUUGCUACCAGCUGGUUGCUAAGAAGGGUUAAACUGUAUCUAAAGGGAGUUGGAAAAUCCAGCCUUUCUUCCACACGGAUCAACUCAUUGGGUGGGAGCUGAGAGAGAGACAAGAGUCCCCAGCAAAUCAGGAGCUAAUUGAUUAAAGAGACUUCAUUUGAAUAGGGGGCUGGCGAGGUGCCAAUCGCCUUUCAAAGAGCCCCUGUAUGAUUAAUCGCAAAGCAUUAUUGAUAAUCAUAACAGGACACAUGCGCGGUGGAUGGGCUCGAUUUUCGUAAUUUUGAGAAGAUUUUUUGGUGUUUUUUAUUCUUUCCUGGCUGAUGUUUGAGCCAGCAUGUCGCGAAGGAAACAAGCGAAGCCGCAGCAUUUCCAGUCGGACCCGCAUCUGGCCUUAUCCGAGCACAAUGGCGACGCAGAGGCCUCCUUGGAAGACACCCCCUGCAAGGAAACGGAUGCCCACGUCUGUGGCAGAUGUUGUGCCGAAUUCUUUGAACUAUCUGAUCUUGAACAACACCAGAAGAAUUGCACUAAGAAUCAAUUAGUUCUGAUUGUGAAUGAGAAUCCAGUCUCCCCUUCCGGGACCUUCUCGCCAGGCUCCCCCCCACCUAAUCCUGACGAGCAGAUGAAUGACACAGUUAAUAACGCAGAUCAAGUGGAGGCCUGUGACCUUUUGGAGCAGAACACGCUCAACAAAGAGGAGUCCAUGGAAGUGGACGUGUCGGGAAUCACCGCUGGAGAUGACGACAGAGGAAGUCAUGUCGAGGGAGGAAGCCCCAUCAACAACAUCAUCAUUAACAACAACAGCAGCAGCAGCAGCAGUGGUGGUGGUGGCAACAACAUCAACAAUAACAGCAGCAGUAGCAGCAGCCAUGCUGGCUCAGUGGUGGGGAACCCGGCCCUGUCCACCUCUCUACCUCAGCUGGCCAAUCUGACCGAGCUGGGCAACAUCUCCAUGAUCAACAGCAACGUCAUCAUCGAGAACCUGCAGAGCACCAAAGUGGCCGUGGCCCAGUUCUCCCAGGAGAGCCGCUCGUCCUCCUCCUCCUCGUCGACCUCCUCGGUGGGUCAGCGGGUGGCUGUGCCGGCCCUCAUGGAGCAGCUCCUGGCCCUGCAGCAGCAGCAGAUCCACCAGCUGCAGCUCAUCGAGCAGAUCCGCCACCAGAUCCUGCUGCUGGCCUCCCAGUCGCCAGAGAUGCAGGCGCCCCCCACCUCGUCCUCCAACACACUGGGGUCCUCCAGCACCAGCCCGCUGACCACACUCAGCUCGCACCUCUCCCAGCAGCUGGCCGCUGCAGCGGGCCUGGCCCAAAGCCUGGCCAGCCAGUCGGCCUCCAUCAGCAGCCUGAAGCAGAUGGCUGGCGCCGCGCAGCUACCUCCGAGCACCUCUGGAGCGGGCGGCGAGGGGUCCCAGGGCAUGGGAGCGUCGGUGGGCAGCAGUGCCCAGCCUGGCGAGAAGCGCCCCGCGGCCACCAGUCUCCACGCUCAGCUCAAUCCCUCCCUGGCGAAGUCGAGCGCGCCCGCUUUCGGGAUCGGUAGCUUGCUCAACGCGUCUACCAACCCACUUCUACCUCAACCGCCAGCGGGCAACCCCAUUUUCUCCAGCGCCCUGCCCAGUGUGGGCACCACGGUGGAGGACCUGAACUCGCUGGCGGCGCUGGCAAGGAAGGGCAAGCAGCCCAACGUCUCGUCCUUCGAGCACAAGAGCAGCUCGGAGGAGGCCUUCUUCAAACACAAGUGCAGGUUCUGCGCCAAGGUGUUCGGGAGCGACAGUGCCUUGCAGAUCCACCUGCGCUCACACACCGGCGAACGGCCAUACAAGUGCAACAUCUGCGGCAACCGCUUCUCCACGCGCGGCAACUUGAAGGUCCAUUUCCAACGCCACAAAGAGAAGUACCCUCACAUUCAGAUGAACCCGUAUCCAGUCCCUGAGCAUCUGGACAAUAUUCCAACUAGCACUGGCAUUCCCUAUGGCAUGUCCAUGCCGCCUGAGAAACCGGUCACCAGUUGGCUGGACAGCAAGCCUGUUCUGUCCACGCUCACCUCCUCAGUGGGCAUGCUGCUCCCACCAACCAUUCCCAGCCUGCCCCCAUUCAUCAAGAAAGAGGAGAACCACUCUGUCGCCAUCACGAGCCCCUCCAGUUCAGCCAAGAGUGAUAUGGGUGCCAUGGAGCCCUCCACUAAAAGCAACGACGGCGUGUCGGAAGAAGGCGAGAGCGCCGCUCUGCCUACCUCAAACGGGAAGAGCGAAGAGAGCAGCCAGUCGUCCAACUUGAUCAGGCUGGCCGUCAGCUCGGCCGGAGACAACUCCACCGAGUACACCAUGUCCAACAGCCCUCCCAUGGCCACCAACCCGCUCAUGCCGCUCAUGUCGGAGCAGUUCAAGGCCAAGUUCCCGUUCGGCGGGCUGCUGGACCCGCUACAGGGGUCCGAGACCUCCAAGCUGCAGCAGCUGGUGGAGAACAUCGACCGCAAGGUGACGGACCCCAACGAGUGCGUCAUCUGCCACCGCGUGCUGAGCUGCCAGAGCGCGCUCAAGAUGCACUACCGCACACACACGGGGGAGCGGCCGUUCAAAUGCAAGAUCUGCGGCCGGGCGUUCACCACCAAGGGCAACCUGAAGACCCACUACAGUGUGCACCGGGCCAUGCCCCCGCUGCGGGUGCAGCACUCGUGCCCCAUUUGCCAGAAGAAGUUCACCAACGCUGUGGUGCUGCAGCAGCACAUCCGCAUGCACAUGGGCGGACAGAUCCCCAACACCCCGAUGCCCGACAACUACUCCGAGACCAUGGGCUCCGACGCCGGCUCGUUUGACGACAGGAACUUCGACGACCUGGAGAACAUGUCCGACGACUACAUGGACGGGAUGGAGGAGGGCCUGGACAGCAACAGCAUCCCGGACACCCCCAGGUCGGCCGACGCAUCGCAGGACAGCCUGUACAACUCGCCCAACCCGCAUGACCAAUCAGGGGGUAACGAGGGCCAGGAGAGGGCCAGCCAGCGCGGCUCAACGGAGGACCUGCACAUGGGCAAAACGAAAAUGACCGAGAAUGGCUUGAUGGAAGGCGAUCACCUCACCAACGAUUCCUCAUCCCUGGGAGGCGACAUCGAGAGCCAGAGCGUGGGAAGUCCGGCCGUGUCCGAAUCUACCUCUUCCAUGCAAGCGGCAUCGCCCUCCAGCGCCAUACCGCAGCAGCAUCAGCAGCAGCAGCAUCAGCAGAGGAGAUCCCCGAGCCUGGAGGAGCGGCAUCAGAGAGCCAUGUCUCUGGAGCACAUCAGCGCGAGCCUCAUGCAAUCACACAGCGCCGCCGCCGGCCUCGGUGCCCUCGACCUGACCUCCAUGAACUCGUCGAAGGACGCCCUGGGCUUGCUCUUCCCCUUCCGCGACCGCGGUGCCUCCAAGAACACAGCGUGCGACAUCUGCGGCAAGACGUUCGCCUGCCAGAGUGCCUUGGACAUCCACUACCGAAGCCAUACCAAAGAGAGACCGUUCAUUUGCACAGCCUGCAACCGGGGCUUCUCCACCAAGGGAAACCUGAAGCAGCACAUGCUGACCCACCAGAUGCGCGACCUGCCCUCGCAGCUGUUUGAGCCCUCCAACACUAGCCUGUCGUCCAACUCCAGCCCCUCGCUCCUCUCCAUCAGCUCAUUGUCCUCCAUGAUCAAGACGGAGGUCAACGGCUUCCUGCCGGGCCUUCACCACCACCAGGACCUGCCCCUGCCCCUGCCCUCCAAAGACCUGCCCUCGGGCCUGGUCACCUCCUCCGCCUCCACAUCCCCAGUCCUGCCGUCUGCCCCACCACGCCGGACGCCCAAGCAGCACUACUGUAACACCUGCGGGAAGAUGUUCUCGUCGUCGAGCGCGCUCCAGAUCCACGAGAGAACCCACACCGGAGAGAAGCCUUUCGCCUGCACCAUCUGCGGCCGUGCGUUCACCACCAAAGGAAAUCUUAAGGUCCACAUGGGCACACACAUGUGGAACAGCGCCCCUGCCAGGCGUGGCCGCCGACUGUCUGUGGACGGCCCCAUGGCUUUCCUCGGGCCCAACCCGGUCAAGUUCCCCGAGAUCUUCCAGAAGGACUUAACGCCCCGGGCUGGCAACGGGGACCCGGCCAGCUUCUGGAACCAGUACGCCACCGCCUUCUCCAACGGCCUGGCCAUGAAGACCAACGAGAUCUCAGUCAUCCAGAACGGAGGCUUGCCGCCCUCCCUGUCGGGGAGCGUGGGUAACGGCGGCAGCUCGCCCGUGGGAGGCCUGACGGGCAGCCUGGAGAAGCUGCACAACGUCGAGCCUGGCGCCGCCCUGGCUGGCCUCGAGAAGAUGGCCAACACGGAGAACGGGACCCACUUCCGAUUCACACGAUUCAUGGAGGACAACAAAGAGAUUGUCACCAACUAGAGAAUGAGACUUGUCAUGAUCCGCAUAAGUAUUCACACGCACACACGCAAGAUGCAUAAACACUUGUGUACACACACACACACACACACACACACACACACACACACAAACACAGGAUAUUUACAUACAUGCACAGAAGGAGAACAAAGGAAGGAGUUCAAACCAUCGAUCUGGCUUGCCAUUGAAAACUUUAUGAACAUGAGUGUGAAGAGAACUUGUUUUUUUGUACAAUGUACAACCUGUUAUAGUUUUAAAGGAGCUUAUUUAUUAGUGAGUAUAACCUUGCUCGGAACCAAGUGGAAGCAUUAACAGUUACUUAGGUUUUUUUCUCUCUUCUUCGCCGAAUGGACCUGUAUGAGUGCUUACAAUGUGCUUUUGGAACUUAGUAUAUCUGGGUAGAAUACUUUACCUUGGCAUUAAAUUAUUUUCUAUCUGUAGUAUAUAUAACAAUAAUGUUGAUGUUCAUGUAAUGCAUUAGAUCUUGAAUAAGCAAAACAGAAGUGGUUGUAAAUAACUGAUCUGUGCUAGAUGGUCAAUCAGUUGUGUAUUAACUUUUCCUCCAUGAAAAAAAAAAAACUUCAGGCAAGGGAUUAACAAGUAUAGUCCUACAACCAACUGUUCUUGCUCUUUUAUUUAAGAGGAAAAAUAACUGCAUUUCAGUCCUUCCUUUUAGAGUUAAUACAUUUUGUUCUUAAAUGUUCACUGUAUAGUGCUUUUUAUUCUAUGUUCAGUUUUUUGUUUUGUUUCUUUAAACCUUUUGGCUUACUGGCUGUAAACUUAAAAUACAGGACAGUUGUUAGUGAAGAGAAGAAUUCCAAGAAAGGUCUCCAUCCUGGUCUGAACUGCAGACGCCUUGUGGGUGUGUUUCUUUUUGUGUUAACGUGCUGGAUUCCAUGUUGCUGCUAUAUACUUAAGCAUCCCCAUUGACAUCAAAUGCAAAAUGUGUUGAUGUGCUCUGUAAAUAAUAUCAGAUGUGGAACAACAAAUUCCAUCACACAACAAAUGUACAUAUUGCUCACAAGACAACGUCCAUCUUGGCCAGGGGACAAAUAAUAGUGUUUUUAUAAAUAUAAAUAUAUAUUAGGUUUGAAAACCAUUGGACUGUUACAUGCACUUUCUUGGAAAGUUGGAAAGAUCUUUAUGGGUCCAGUUUCUCUACACUUUAAUACUUACUAACAUCUAAGAUACUGUAAUUCUUUACUCUAAUAAUCAAAUACAUCAGUUUUCCAAAAGAACGCAAGUGUGUGGUCGUGGUAUUUCUUCCUUUUCAUAUUUAUUUAUUUAUGAUUUUAUGCUACUUGUAUGGUUACAAGUCCACUUUGUCUGAUCAUUAUAGGCUGUCUUUUUUUUUUUUCUCUCUUUAUUGCUUGAAAAUUACAUGGUGGCUUGUUUGGAUGCAUAGUUUUAUAUGUGUAUUUCAGUGUGACAAACUUGUUAAGUAGCCUAAGCAUUAGGCAACCAUCCUUUUUCAGAUAAAAGUGUGUUGAAAACAG